AUGAGGACUUUCUGCGAGCAGCAUGCGGACGUCUUCUCGAUCUCGGACACGAAGCCUCACUGGCAGCUGAUGGUGAAGAUUCCCAACCCAAAUGCCACAGCGAAGAAGCUUGCCGCCUAUGUCGGCGACCGCGGAGGCACAGUUGCUCUCGGUGACCUCGAGGUUUGGAAACGUGAGAACCCAACCCUGGCAAAGACCAUCCACAAAGGAGGACGUUCCAUGAAGGACUUCUUCGACGCAUGUGCAUGCGCGCAGAAGCUGCUCACUGUCGAAAGUACCUCCGGUAUUGUGACGAAGGUGUCCUUAAAGGCCGGCAAGGGAGCUCUCACAGGCUCAGGUGAUGACGACCGUGCUCGUGCAGCUGCCAGCCUUGCUCUGUAUCUCCGCGUCAAGGGCGGCUCCAUGCAGGCUUGCGACAUCCACGAGUUCUAUAGGGAGUUCCCUGAGCACAAGCAAGCCAUGGGCAAGCUCCGAGCUUUCUGCGAAGAGCAGAAGGACCUCCUGAUCUUUGAAAUGGAUUCACUUGGUGGCAAGAUUUCUCUUCCCAGCCAAACUUCAACUUCUCACUCCAAGCCGCGACCAGCCCCAGACCUGAUACUGAAAUCGGCCGACAGCACAGUGCCGCCGCAGGUGUCUUCGAAGCCGAGCUCAAGUGUCGACCGUGCUCGUGCCGCUGUCAACCUGGCUCUAUAUCUCCGUGGCAAUGGUGGCUCGAUUCUCGCUUGCGACAUCCACAAGUAUUACGCGCAGUUCCCUGAGCACAAGCGGGCUAUCGGCAAGCUCAAGACAUUCUGCGAAGAGCAGAGCGACUUCCUUGUCUACGAAAAGGACCCACAUCCUGGCAAGAUUUCGCUUCCCAGGCACUGCACAGAGGGCAGCUGGGCCAAGAUCUUGGCAAAAGCCUGCCAGGCUGCACCUUUUCGCUCGAAGCCGCCACCGGCUCCCCCAGAAAUGCCAGUGGAAUCGGCCGACCCUGUAGUUUGCAUAGCUGCAAGCCUUGCCAUGUUCGUCCAGAGUCAGGGAGGUUCCAUACCCGGCAGCAGCAUGUCUGAAUACUACAAGAUUCACCCCGAGCACAAGCAGGUGAUAUCGGACGCAGGUUUGAGGGCAUUCUGCGAAAGAUACGACGGCCUGUUCCGGUUCGAGCCCCUGCCGGGAAGUGGACAGCUGUCCUUAAAGUCCUUCUGCUGCCACUACUUGAGAGGGGAAUGUGUGCAUGCUGCUGACCACGAUGGGAAGCUGCACUCUAUGCCAGCCUCCUCUCCUGUUGUCUGCUCUUUCGGCACGAAGUGCAUCAAGGGCCACUGGAAGCGACUGGCGGACCUGGCGAAACGGAGCCUCGGUGCUGUCACAUUGCCAGCUCCCUCAAGUACGAAGUUGAAGGUGACCGAGAUCCGAUGGACUCACGACGCGAUCCGCGCCACCUUCCGAGAUGGCAAGCUGCUGAUGGAGACCCUCGUCUUGGAGCUGGGCGGCAGCUUCUAUGCCAUCGAGGGCAACCGCCGCCUCUGGAUUUUCAAGGAGCUCAGAGAGCUCCAGGCGAUCACCGGGGAGGCGUUGACUAUCGAGGUCCAAAGUAGGAAGAUGGACGUCAAGGGCUUCACACAAAGCUUCACCUCAAAGAACGGAGGGCAGUCUGUGGAGUUCUACACCUAG